ACCGGAGGCCACCUGGUCUCUGAUCUGGUCUCCGGAGUCGGUGGAGACUCAACACGCUCCAUCGGGGCCAGGCUGUGCGCCUCCCGGAUCCGACCGGAGCCACCGCGCGCUCUCGAGAUGGACGUGAUGGAGAGGGAAGUCAUGGACAAGCUGGAGGACAUGUCAUCCGUGUACGACUUCGACCCUAUCACCGGCAACAUCCCCGCCACCAAGGUGGAAGUCACCGUUUCUUGCAGAAAUCUUCUGGAUAAAGACACGUUUUCCAAGUCAGAUCCACUGUGUGUCCUCUACACACAAGGCGCAGAAACCAAACAGUGGAGAGAGUUUGGCAGGACUGAAGUGAUCGACAACACCCUGAACCCCGAUUUUGUUCGGAAGUACAUCCUGGACUACUUUUUUGAAGAGAAGCAGAGCCUUCGCUUUGACUUGUAUGAUGUUGACUCCAAAAGUCCAGACUUGUCCAAACAUGACUUUUUGGGACAGAUGUUCUGUACUCUUGGAGAGAUUGUUGGAUCACCAGCCAGUCGACUGGAAAAACCUCUUGGAGGGAUCCAAGGGAAGAAAUGCGGCACAAUCAUCCUGUCUGCAGAGGAGCUGAGCAACUGCAGAGACAGCGCCACUAUGCAGUUUUGUGCCAACAAGCUAGACAAGAAGGACUUCUUUGGGAAAUCAGACCCAUUUAUGGUAUUCUACAGAAGCAAUGAAGAUGGAACGUUUACGAUCUGCCAUAAAACAGAGGUGGUGAAGAACACGUUAAACCCAGCGUGGCAGCCUUUCACUAUUCCAGUCCGAGCACUUUGCAAUGGCGACUACGACAGAACAAUCAAAGUGGAGGUGUAUGAUUGGGAUAGAGACGGCGGCCACGACUUCAUCGGAGACUUCACCACCAGCUACCGAGAAUUAGCACGAGGGCAGAGUCAAUUCAAUGUGUAUGAGGUUAUAAAUACCAAGAAGAAAAUGAAGAAAAAGAAAUAUGUCAACUCUGGAACUGUGACGCUGCUCUCAUUCUCUGUGGAGUCAGAAUUCACAUUCUUAGAUUACAUCAAAGGAGGGACGCAGAUUAAUUUCACUGUGGCCAUCGAUUUCACAGCAUCUAACGGUAAUCCCUCCCAGUCCACCUCACUCCACUACAUGAACCCGUACCACCUGAACGCCUACGCCAUGGCCCUGAAGGCUGUUGGGGAGAUCAUUCAAGAUUAUGACAGUGAUAAGAUGUUUCCCGCUCUCGGCUUUGGAGCCAAACUACCCCCCGAUGGACGAGUCUCACAUGAGUUUCCACUGAAUGGGAAUAUGGAGAAUCCUUACUGCAAUGGUAUUGAGGGCAUUUUAGAAGCUUACCACCAGAGUCUGAAGACAGUACAACUAUAUGGGCCAACCAACUUUGCACCGGUGGUGAACCAUGUCGCAAGGUACGCGGCGUCAGUGCAAGACGGCUCCCAGUACUUUGUGCUCCUCAUCAUUACAGACGGAGUCAUAUCGGACAUGGCUCAGACCAAAGAGGCCAUUGUUAAUGGUGCAAAGCUUCCAAUGUCCAUCAUCAUCGUGGGAGUGGGUCAGGCUGAAUUUGACGCUAUGGUGGAGUUGGAUGGUGAUGACAUUCGUGUCUCAUCCCGAGGGAAACUGGCAGAGCGAGACAUUGUCCAGUUUGUCCCUUUCCGAGAUUAUAUGGACCGGACAGGUAACCAUGUGUUAAGCAUGGCCCGUCUGGCAAAAGACGUGCUAGCAGAGAUUCCCGACCAGUUCAUUUCCUACAUGAAGAGUCGAGGGAUUAAACCCAACCCAGCCCCGCCACCGUACACGCCGCCCGGACUCACACACCACCACGUACAAAUCUGACCAGAAGACAUUUUACCCAUGAAGCAGCCAUCUUCAUAAAGUUUGCUUUUUCUUGAAGAAAAGAUGCAAACUUCCCAGGACUCAAAAAAGCCUUUUUUUUAAUCAAAACUGCGGCGGAGACUGUUUGACGUCUAAAUGGACAGUUGGCCGGUGGAACAAAAAGAUCAUGUUGUGGUUAAAACUUGUGCCUGUCUGUGCUUGUUUCUGACAGUGUUUCAGGACAUGUCAACUUUGACCUGAAGGACUACUUCUCAGUCUUUGGUGUGGCCUAAUACGGUAACAUUUCCAGACACCUUUUCUUGUCUGGAAUUAAUUUUUAUAUUUGGAGAUGAUUUAUCUCCUUUACUCAAUGAUGCAUCAGGAAUGAUUAAUGAAAAAUACCCGUGUGGAGUUUACAAUUUGAUUUCUUUAAACAUCAAUCAGGUAUUUCAUACCCUCAGACCUUGCCCUUCUCUUAUUGAGGAAAGGUUUAUAAGAACAUGAGUCCCCUUAUUUACAUUUUACUGGAAAAUAGUAUUAUUCAGAGUGGCAUGGACAGUUGAUAAAACUUCAGAAAAGCAAAACCUAUUUUUGUUUGAUUUCCAUAUUAAUAGCAGAUGGUCUCUACGAGCCGUUGCAGGUUCAUCCUUAUACAUGAAUAUAUAUAAUUCCAAAUAACAUAAUUUAUUCCAAGAAUAUAAAGCAGAUUUAUUGAUAGAUUAUUUUUACAAGCGUGGUCAACAUUCUGGUUCAUUUUUCUUUUCUUACAAUUCUGCGCUGAUAACUUCAUAUUUGCUUGUUCGCAUUUGUUGACAUGCCACCAUUAUUAAAGGUACUUUUUUUUUUUUUCUUGUACCACUUGACCAGUCUUUUUGUUGUUGAUGACUGUAUAUCACCUGCAUGUAGAUUUGCAGGAAAUUGCAAUUUUCUGGUAUGUGUUGGAACCUCUAAAGUCAGCCUCAGUCCAUCCCACUGGUAGAUAUCUGCUUUGUUCAUACCCUCAAACAUUUUUCCCAUGGGAAAUGCUGAAAAUCGAACGAAACGGUCACAGGGUCCAAAUGACAUCACUGGCAGCUCGUCGUCCGGUGCACAUUGUCGUUUUUUUCUCAACAUUGUCAGCCUUUUGUAAUGUUAGCCAGAAUGAACUAAAAACAAAGACAGAGACGUAUGUAGCACAAUCAUUACUUGCGUAUGGCAAUGCCAAUGCGUUCCAUUUCCAGUUCUAUCACACAGUUCCUCUUUGACAUCACUGGUACCAAAUCUGUGAUUGUCUCACAAAGAAAGCCAAAGAAAAAGCAAAAUAUAAUUUUGUAGACGCUUUCGAUUCAAAUCUAAAAAUAUAUGACAGAUGUGAGCUCCGCAGACUUGAGGUAUUAUUAUUAAUUAUUAUUAUUAUUUGUUUUCAAAAUUACCAAAACCUCGUCCAACUCAUCUACGCACAGAUCUACAUGGGUCCCAAAAUUAAACCCCUUUGUGUUUAAAUAAAUGGGACCCUUUAAAAACUCAACAACAACAAAAAGUUGCCUUUUACACAAUUCACAAUAAGGCAUUAGAUUAUAACCAUCAGUGUUGAAACACGAUAAUAAAAAUAUGACAAUGAAAAAAAAUAAGAAAAACUAACACAAUAUAUGACAUAUUUUUGUCCAAAUUCUUCUCAAGUCGCUAUCUUCACUUAUUCAUGCAAGGUUUUGGUUUUCAUCCAAAUUUUCCAUGAUGACUAUUUUUGAGGUGUCCUAUGCUUUUAAAGAAAACACAGAUUUAUUUAUUUAUUAUUUUAUUUUAUUCUCCUCGUUUCCCAAUGUAGCAUUCAGAGAGAUGUACAAUUUGUUCACUUUAUUUCACGUUUGGACACAAGUACAGCUGGAGGGCAGAAUAUUUUGCCUAGAAGGAAACCAUUUACAGUAUACAUGUAAAUGUGAUCAAUAUGCAUGAGAAUAUAAUAUCUGAUUUGCCUAUUGAUCCCGUUAGCACUUUAAAUAUUAAAGAGUGCUUAUUGAAUAUGUUUGAUAUUUUUGGAGAGGAAUUGCUACUAAUAUUUUUUUUGUAUUGUAUGAAAGGUCAUUGCUUCUGCCAUCAAUUACAUCUAAUUUCCCUUUAGGGUUGUGAUUUUCAAUAUGCAUAGCUGCAUGUGUCCUGAACUGUUUUAUACAGUUACUGCCAUUUUACGAAAUAGAAACCUGUUCAACAAGCCAACAUGCAUGGGAGUGUGCUGUUUCUUCUCCAUUGUACCUGCUUCUUCUAACAUUUCUUCUCUCACCAGUGGUUAAAAAAAAACUACAUUGUAGCAUGUAAUUAGCAUGUUACGGUUUAUUUAUUUUUCAAUGCCACAAUCUAUCUUUGUUGUUUAUUAUAGAAUUUAUUUCUCUUUGUUUUAUUUGCAUGACACUCUGCUUUCCUUUAUUGUACAUGAUUAGUGUCAAAUGGUUGGUUGUGAAAUGCUUUGUAAUGGAUUGCCUUAAAUUAAAGUUCAAUUUAAAGGGAAAAAAAUGAA